AUCGUGACGACAUAUUGUAGAACGCGAAGAUUACAGAUCGCCGCUAACUCGCUUUUCUGCCUGUUGGUGUGUUUAGAAAGCUAUCUGUUGUGGAUAAAGUAGGAAAAUGUUUGGUUCAGUUAACCAUCAAGCAGCCGAUCUUCCGACGCGCCUCCUGCUGAGUGCGGCUGGGAUUGCAGUCGACGUUUAUUGUUAUUUUAUAUGCAAACGUCGCUUUUGGAGGAAGAAAGCCGUGACCGACGGCCAGUUCCAGACUUCAGUGUUUCCAUCCACAGAAGCUCCUUCUAUAUGCUGCAGACCUCCUCAGCUGGAAGAAAGAGUGAGGGAGCUGGAGGGACUGCUCCGUAUGGCACAAGAGAAUGAGGCAAAAAGCUUGGUGUCUCUGGCUGAUGCGGAGCUGAAACACAAUGACACUCUAUACUCCAUCAGUCAGCUGGAGGAAGAGAAGUCAGAGCUGAAGAACCAGGUGGACAAGCUGCGUUCCACGGUGCAGGAGCUGGGAGAAGAGCUCUGUCAGUGUCACCUUGAGAAUGAAGAGCUACAGAAGGAGUGUGAGCAAAACAAGGAGGCUCACAAAGCCCUGCAGCUGGAACAUGAAAAGUUGAAACAGGAGCUGUUCCUCAAGGAAGUAGUGCUGAAGGUGUCUCUGGCUGAUGCGGAGCUGAAACACAAUGACACUCUAUACUCCAUCAGUCAGCUGAAGGAAGAAAAGUCAGAGCUGAAGGACCAGGUGGACAAGCUGCGUUCCACAGUGCAGGAGCUGGGAGAAGAGCUCUGUCAGUGUCACCUUGAGAAUGAGGAGCUACUAAAGAAGAGAUGAAGAACAUCAGUUGAAGAGAGGAAAUAAUGUAUGCAGGCUUACCAUGAGCGAUAGAAGGAGAAGAUAUAAAAUUGUGUAGUUUAUCUUUUCAUUCAUGUGUUGUUCAAAAAUGGGUUCAGCUAAGAGCUCCAGUAGAUAGAAAUGUAAUAAUUCAUGAUUGGGAAAUGAAAUACUCAAUAACAUUAUCUACAGUUAACAAUCAACAAUGCAGUAAUCUGAACAUUCUCCCAAAUGUGGACAAAUACACUAUAAUUGAACUGAGAAAAGAAAAAAACCCUACCAAGUCAGUCCAGUUUUAGAAAAGGCUGGCCACCGAUUUUAUUUAUUUAUUUUUUGAAAGACAUAGUACCAUGUUAUUCGAUGUUUUUUUUUUUUGAAAGACAGUACCAUGUUAUUCAAUGUUAUUUAUUUCCUAUUUUAAAGAUUGUACCACGUUAUAUACUGUUGUUUUGCUGCACUCUGCAUGUUUUGUGCCGCUUUUGUCAUAUCUUGUAAAUGUGACACUGUAUCAUUAAUCACUAUAUUUCAUAACAAAGGUUAUAAUAUUAAUCAUUUUUAGAUCAAUCUUAUAAUUAAACAAGAAAUAAAACAUUUUCAUUAUAUUUA